AAUCAACUCGUCCACUUGACCCCAUAACAGCGUCAAAAAGUGCGGAUUGUUUGUGUACAGGAAGGCAGGCGUUGUUCGGAAAUCGAAAAGGAAAUUUGAGUUAUCUAUCGCACGCGUAGAUAUUUGCGUGACUUUCACCAUGUGACUUGAAUUUCAUUUUCCUUAAAUAACUGAAUUAAGUCAAAGGUAUACUAGCAUCACCUAUUGCUGAGUUCAUCAGAUGGUGCUUUCCUUCGGUGAUUCCGUCGUAUUACCACGUCAAAAAUGGCCACAGUACGACACAAAAUGCGUAAAAGGAGAGAUGGUCCUAUUUGUUUGAAAGAUAUUUCUAUGCAACAGGAGAUUGGAGGGUCAGCUGAAAACAUUCCUCGCGCUAAGUUUGAGAACUGUCCUUCUGUUGGCCAAAAUGGAGAGGACCUUCGAAGAACCAGAUCAUUCUCUCUGCCGAGAAUGUUAAAGAAACCAAACGACACACAAACCUUACUUCAGAUCCUGUUGGGAACAAAAACCCGGCUGAAGAAAAGUAACUCGAAUUGCGCUACUUUGUUUACAAAUACUGAGAAAGAUAAAGGGUUAAACCAAGAAGCCAAUUGCACAAAGGUUAGCGUGCCGCCUUCCCAGAUUGACGACUCAAAAUUAAAGCAAAAUAACUUUGUAAUUCCUACAAUAUACAUUCAACCACCUGAAGAAGUGGACAGAGCUUCUCACUUAACGCAUCCAAUCAUAACACUCGAGCAAGCGGACACAACACAACAGCUGGCAAACGAUCAAACGCAAGAUUCAAUGGAGGAUCCCAAACAGGCUUCAACUUUGAGCCGCUCUGAAACAACCACGACAACUGCUAAGAGAGAAAACAAAACGACACCGCGAAGAAAGAGAAGUUUCUCAUGGAGCGACAUUUAUACCAUCGGGAACUUGAGGAUUAGUCCUUCGGAGGUAAUGAAAGGUAGUAGUUCGUGGAGUGACUUCCUCAACUCGGCAGCGAGAGAAACAGACCUGUGUUCAACUGAUCUGUAGGAGGACAAUGAGGUGUUCACCUACUCCUGACGGAUACACAGAUUGAAUGGCACACUGACUAAAGACAGUAUUUUGAACAUAGGAAAUUGGCUCUAAAACGCUAAUCUGUGCAAAUUAAAUCUACAGUUAUAGAUGGAGUGAAGAACGAGUUGCAUAUGGAUCAAAAAUCACCGAAUGAUUUGACUGAGAAAGCUGGUUCAGCCAUACAUUUAGCUUAAAUUCCUCAUGCGCAAAUCGAGUUACUGAUCCUGCCCAUCCUAAAUCUUCGCUCUUUACCUGAUUAUCGAUCGAUCGAUCUCUUACCAUCGUAAACUGAUAUUCUUAGGCCGAGACGUCAAACUGUAUAGUUUAUCUAGACUUAACGCGCUCGCACACGCUCAAACGUUCGCACGCACGCACGCAUGUAGACUUCCAAAAAAAAGUGAAUUUUUGUAAUGUACAAAAUGUCCACUAUCCCUUGGCAAAACCUUUGACCUACGAUCAAGUAUUGGAAUAUGGGAAUGUAUGCAUAGUUUCAGUACAGCAAGGCUGCCCGUAUACUUUUGCUUGUUAUCGUAACCUUGUGAAAAGAAAUUCCUGGUAUCUUCAAAUAUAAUAAAGCUGAUAGAAUAGGCAAACCCUAACUCGCAUCUGAUAUUCUUUGUACUUUUAUACACUUGUGUAAGUAUUUCAUCUCAGACUGACUACAAAAAAAAAUAUAUUAAAAACAAAAACAAAACAAAAAACAGGUGGAUUAUUCCAGCUGGCAUACACUGUCCUCAUCACGUCAUACCUCCAUGGAUGUUUUGUUUGACGUCACAUCUUAAACCUCUAUUUUUAUAAUCUAGCUCGUAAUAUCAAAUAAUUAUUGGAUUUACCGUUCGUA